CACCCACAAUCCACUAGCGCGCUUUCCCAAGCAGCCACCACAAGCUGUGACGACGACACAGGAUUGCCCGGGUGCAACGACGACGAGGGGGCAAGACACGACUCUUCCCCUUUGCUCCAUCUCACUCUUAACCAUCACACACAUACACCUUCCCCCUGGCAGCAGAACAAACGACGACGGUAAAAACAGUGUCCGACGCCGACACGUGUUGCUCCCACUGCCGCCGCCGCGCCGCGUGCCACCUUCACCUUCCUCCUCCCGCCCAGCCCGCACGACCACCACUACGCUUCUCGUACGUUUGGUCGCUGCGCGCUUGACAACUCUACUCCACCAUCGACCAUGCUCGACUCGAUCCUGGGACGCCCGUCCCAGACGGUGCGCCGCACCCAGGUCUUCCUCGUCGUCUUUUUCUGGGUCUGGAGACUGUACAAGGGCGACGGCUCAGCCAUGGGUCGCGCAACCCAGACGGGAAGACAUCGCGCAGUCACCAGCGCGCGCGUGGCGUCACACCAGCGCUCGCUGCGCACGGUCGCGCAGAACAAGACGUGGUGGCGGAGGAUAUGGACCACGCUCGUCGGACGCACGCGCGGCAUGCCUUGGAUGACAAACGUCAACGAGCGAUUGAAAUACUUCACCCCCUAUCAGAUCAUCCUCGCGACCUUUACCUUCAUCUACGCGCUGCGACACUUUGAUGACAUUUUGGGCCUCGGCGCGCCUGAUCCUUUGGCAAACAUGUACUCGAGAUCGUACUAUCGCGCUACCUACAUCAAUACGGCCUUUGACGCCGGCUUCUCCACCGCAAUGACUAUCCGACCAAAGUGGCUAAAGGACCUUUCGAGCGUCGUGUUCACCUUCUACUACCUCAUUUUUGCUUCACAAGGCGAUGAAGUUCUCCGCCGCUUCCGAGCCGUAUGCAGUGUCGAGAUGCUCAGGACGACAUGGGAAAAGACCAACAACCCAUAUCUCCGAGCAAUCACAUACUUUGGCCGCGUCAAGCUUCCGGUUGUGCGCCAUAUCACGGUGCCACGCGUCAAGGAGUCAUCACGCUCGCACCUUCCGCCGAUCAAGGCGAUGCUGUUCUUUGCAGGCACCGAAAAGGAACUCGAGAAGGCAACCGAACUCAUCAUCGACUUCCCUGGAGGCGGCUUUAUUGCAAUGGGCCCCGAGUGCCACGAGGAGCGUCUUCGCACUUGGGCCAAGAGGACCGGCAAGCCCGUGCUCAGUAUCGACUAUGGCAAGGCUCCAGAGUACCCGUACCCGUGGGCCAUUGAGGAAGGCUUUGACGCGUACCGAGUCAUCAUGGAGACCAAGGGUGCAAUCCUUGGCAUCAAGAGUGGCAGACUUAGCACAGUUUUGACUGGAGACUCCGCUGGCGGAAACAUCUGCACGACCAUCAUGAACCGCAUCAUCGAGCACCACUCGGGCAAGAUUCCCAAGCCCGCAGCCAUCAUUCUCGCCUACCCUGCCCUCGACUUCAACUACACGUCAUGGAUGACACCCGCCAACCUUCGCGUCCUCCGUACCGAGCAGUCCGAGACCCAUAUUCCUGGCUUGCUGGACGGCAAGGACCAUCUGAGCCACAAGUCGCCCCUCGUUGUUGUCAAGGACGUGGAGAAGAAGUCCAAGCGCCCCCCUGCCCGCUCGCGCAAGAGCUGGGCAGAGUCGAUUGGCGGCAAGUUUGGCAUGACCAUGACCAGCAUGGACCGCUCCGCUCGCUCCGUCUCGCCUCAUCGCUCCAAGAGCGUUCCUGGCAGCCCUGUCAACUCGUUUGGCCGUGGAUCGAGCCGCAAGUCUGGCUUUUUCGCACUCAAGGACGAACACGCAGCAGACUCUUCUUCGGCCGGCGAGGAAGUCUCGGACGCCUCGGAGACAGAUGACGAAGUCCCGAACGGUGCCCCCGACCACCGCAGAGAGGCGGACAAGUCGCUCCGUGAGCGUAUCAAGACGCCUGGUGUGCUGUCCGAGGACAAGUUUGCCCGGCAGGGUGGUAUCUUGGCAGCAUCCCCUCUCGAGGACGUUCCCGCCGAGGAGGUCAUUGACGCCGCCAAGGCGCACUCGAAAAAGUCGCCUAUCGGCACCCGCCUGACCAUGACGAGUCGUGUGGGUUACUUCCAGGACCGUACCAUCUCGCCCAGUAUGAUGCGCGCCAUGGCCAUCAUGUACGUCGGCCCUCGUCGUUCGCCCGACUUUACAACCGACUACUACAUCUCCCCUAUUCUCACGCCCCCUCACCUCCUCGAGCACUUCCCUCCCGUGUACAUUAUCUGCGGCGAGCGUGACCCCUUUGUGGACGACACGGUCAUUUUCGCCGGCAAGCUCCGUGAGGCCAAGCGUGCGCGUCGUGCCCGUGCCAGCAACCAGCCCACAAAGGGCGACGAGAUGCCCGACCACAUUCUGCGCGAGACGGACGACGACUGGGUCCAGAUGCGCAUCAUUGAGGGCUGGGGACACGGCUUCAUGCAGAUGACGGCGCUCAUGCGUGAGGUCGAGUCGGUCCUUGUUGAGAUGGCCGACUGGAUCGACGAGUCGUUUGAGCGCGGCGUUCUCCUCCAGCAGGACAUUGAGGAGAUCGCUGCGGCCCAUGCCGCUGCCCGUGCAGCCUUUGCACCUGACGCGCCCGUGCUUCUCUCGCCGACCGACACGAAGCCUUCGCCUCUCCGCUCGCGCCACGUCAAGCCUGUUCGUGACUACAAGAAGAACCCGCCCAACAAGACCCUGGGUGAUGCUGACCUUGGAUCUGGCCUUGGCAACAUUGACACGGACGACGAGGGCAUCAUUGCAUUCACACCAAAGAGCAAGAAGCGCACGCCACCACCAUCACAGUUUGCACCUGUGCCUCGCCGCUCAUCCAAGGAGUCGUUGAACCGCUCCAACUCGAUCCCACGAUUCGACGCCGACGACUCUCACUCGUCGGGCGACACGAUGUCAAUCGACACGCCAACCAACUCGGUCAUGUACUCGCCUGUCGAGUCUAAGGGCACUGGAGCGUUUGCCUUCUUCUCCCGGCCAUCAGCCGCUGCCCCCAAGCCAUUGAAGGCGGGACCAUCAAAGUCGGCUGCGACAGCGCUGUACUCUGGCAGCGGACCCGCGUUCCGUCGCGGCUCGAUGCAGAACCCGAGCCUGGCGGCUGCCGUCGCCAGUGCCGCACGUGCCGCGAGCCCAGCACUUGCAGCCGCCGGUCUCGUCCCCGAGCGUGUCGUCAGCCUCGACAAUGACGAGCUCAUGCGCCGUCGUCGCGCAGAGGCUGUGCUCGGCCUGGGCCAGGUCGACUCUGGCGAAAACUCGGCCGACGAGAAGUGAAGGGGGAGGAAGGACACAUGCACGCAUUCAUACUCUGUUCGGUUACAGCACCGUUGUCAUGAUUUACCCUACCUAUGCAUACCGAUUGUACUUUGG